UCAGAUGUCAGUCCAGCUUCAGACUGCAAACGACACCGACGCGUUUCGGCUAGACGACAGUUCCUGCUUCGCGACAAACGCUAACUGGAAGCAGGUGGCAGACGCAGGAUUUUUCAUUGUCAGUGGCGGCUGAAAGAAGAAAUUUUCCAGUGUCAUCCAGGUUUGCCUAGCAAAAGUAGUGUACCUCGUCAGAAAGAGGACGGCCAAGGGCUGGCGGAGGUGAAAUCUGCGUCAACGGUUUAAGUAAGCGUCGGUGAUUUACGGGCGAAAGUUUAUCCUAUACACAAUGGAGGAGGAAGCCGUCAUCUUGGAAGAGAUCGUAGAGAGUGGGCCUAGUGUAAUGACCACCUCCAGUAUCUUGAGAGACUCACACAGCUCUACAGAUACACCAUUAACAACUGUAUUGAAUUUUCUGAGUAGUGAGGUUACCGAAGCUCUCACAUCAACUACGAUGUUAACAAGUAGUUCGAUUUCGGUACAGCAUCAAACUACUACGGAGUUUAUGGCUUCUAUGGCGCCAAUCGCGACAACGACUGCAACUCCCACGGUCGCCAUUAUGAGUCUCCACUUCUCCUACUACGAUUACACUAUCUUCGUCCUGAUGUUGCUGCUGUCUACGCUGAUAGGGGUUUACUUUGGUUUUAUGUCGAAAAUCAAGCAGAACAACACCAAGGAAUAUUUGCUAGGUGGAAAGACCAUGAGUAAAUUUCCCGUUUCAGCAUCUCUCAUUGCAUCACAUGUAUCGGGAAUUACGCUGCUCGGUGUACCUUCAGAACUUUAUGCACACGGUACUCAAUAUGCAAUGUGUAUUAUUUGUGCGUUCAUAGUCUUCGUUUUAAUGGACCAAAUCUAUCUUCCGGUGUUCUACGAUCUUCAGUUGACUUCGGCGUUCACCUAUCUUCAGCAGCGGUUUGAUCGAACCGUCCGAUCGGCUGCCAGUUUCGUCUACGCACUGUCCUGUUUGAUUUACCUGCCUAUCGUGAUUUACGUGCCGGCAUUGGCAUUCAGUCAAGUCACAGGGAUUAAUCUGCAUCUCAUCACACCGCUCAUUUCGGUGGUAUGCAUUUUCUAUACCACUGUCGGAGGUUUGCGGGCUGUAGUCUGGACCGAUACGCUUCAGUUCGUAUUGAUGGUAGGAGCCACGUUGGUGAUCAUUGUCCUAGGAGUCAUUAACGUCGGUGGGAUUUCCGAAGUAUGGGCUGCCGCCGAUCGAGGCGGCAGGCUAAUAUUCUUUGACAUGAAUCCAGACCCUUUUGUAAGGACAUCCUUUUGGGCGGUCUCUUUAGGUUUGACUACAAUCUGGGUUGCCCAGCUUGGCGUGAGCCAGGGUUGUGUGCAGCGGUUUUUGGCUGUUCCGGACUUUAAGGUUGCCAGAAAAUCUCUCACAAUUUUCACCUUCGGUUUGGUUUUUAUCAAAAUCUGCUCUGUUAUCACUGGGCUGAUCAUGUACGCAAAAUACGAAACGUGUGAUCCCUACACGAUCAAAACAAUAAACAAGUUAGAUCAGAUGCUUCCUUAUUUUAUAAUGGACGUUGGCGGAAAAAUUCCUGGAAUGCCAGGGCUUUUUGUUUCAGGAAUAUUUUCGGCUGCGCUGUCAACGAUGUCAUCCGUACUUAACACUCUGGCCGGGACAAUCUACGAGGACUUCAUUCGAGUUCGCUUCCCGAAGUCAAGUGAAAAAACUGCGAGUAACGUGAUGAAGUGCUUGGUUAUCUUGCUGGGAGUCGUCGUUAUUGGACUUGUUUUCGUAGUUGAGAAACUAGGCCAGGUGAUGCAUAUGGCUAUCUCACUAUCAGGAAUUACCUCCGGAACCCUACUGGGAAUGUUUACAUCCGGGAUGAUAUCCACGGUCAUUAAUACCAAGGGAGUGAUUGCUGGUUCCAUUGCUUCGGUCUUAUCUAUCGGUACGAUUAUGGUGGGAGCACAGAUGAACCCAAAGCACCCGCCGCUGCCGUUCCGGGUCGACGGUUGUGAGGCUAGUAUACUUCAUAACAUCACACUGGUAACACCGGUAUCCUCGGUUGUUCGUGAUGAAGUACCAAAGAUUUUUAAGCUAAGCUUUAUGUACUAUGCUUUCCUGGGAGUAAUAAUUUAUUUUGUUGUUGCAUACACGGUCAGUAUACUGACCGGUGGGGGACAGGUAAACGAUCAACGGCUACUCGCACCUUUUCUAAGGAACCAGAAGCAGUACGAAAAGGAACAAGCUAUAAGAAAAAAUAACAUACAGUAUGAGAAGAUUGAUUUGGCCCUCAAAGAGCUCCAAAAAGCGACGGACAUUAAGCAGUGAUGGGCUUGUGUAAGGAUUAUUCUUGUUAAUAAAACGCAUGUUACUUCUACCUA